GAAGUAGGGCGGGACCUCGGCGCUUUAUAAACAUGGCCGUUAAGUCCUUUACAGCAUCGGGUCCUGCGUUUGGCUGAAUUUGUUAGACUUUCAGGAAGUCACCGAGGGUAACUAAUGCCGUAACAGGUGGGAAGAAAAUGUAGACGCACAACGGACGCCACUAAAUUAGUUUAAUCGUCUCAUGUCUACGCGGGGACGGCGUUCACAAACUUCAUGUAGUACUUUACGCUAGCUAGCUAGCCAAGUUAACGCCGACGUUUCAACGAUAACUUCUGUCAACUUUUUCCUCCAGCUAGCGUAAUCUGCUAUUUGACUGCUUAUCGACAUGGAGGAGUGCCGUCGCUGGCCCAGGCUGUCUCGAUGAAUGUUUUACAUGGACGUGUCGGGUUUACUCAGCUAAGGGCUCACCAAAACUUUCCUCCAGGCUCCUUUCUGGGUUGUUUUUUUCCACUGGCAGCAGCCGAGGGUUUGUCAGGCGCCCGUUUAUGAACAUCACGGAGAGGUGCGGACAUAAACAAUGUUUUCUGUCAAACCCAUGAAACCAACCUUCAAGUGUUACCUUCCACCUGUACAGACUGAUGUGAAGAAGACUAUUGAACCACCCAUUAAAAAGUUGGAGCCUAAGCUACUUCAAGGGGAGAUAGUUGUAAAUGAGGUUAACUUCGUGAGGAAAUGCAUCAGCGCUGAAAGUAGCCAAGAUGAUCUUUGGGGCAAGUUGAUAUGCACCAACUUUAAGGUCUCCUUCAUCCCCCAAGAUGCCCCAACAAAACAGAAAUCCAAGCUGUCCCACCUCCUGCUGGGAGAGCAUGACAUUCCUCUCACCUGUCUGGAGCAAGUAGUAACGGUAAAUGAUACAAAGGGGAAGAAGAAAGUAUUGGGGUCAAAUCAAAAGCUGAAGUUCAACCCAACCGAGCUUAUUCUCUACUGCAAAGACCUGCGCAUCAUAAGGUUCUGCUUUGACGAAGCUGGGCCUGAGAGUGCCAAAAAGGUUUGCCUUGCUAUUGCCCACUAUUCCCAUCCAGCUGAUCUUCAACUGCUGUUUGGUUUUGAGUAUCAAGGGAGGCGUUACCAUGAAUUUAAGGGUGAGCAAGUCAACGGUUCCAGCCCCCGAGGAGGAUUACAAACCCCCAUCUUUGACCGUCCUUCAGACUGGGAUCGCGAGAUCAAGAGAACGGGGGCAUCAGAGUGGAGGGUGUGCUCCAUCAAUGAAGGCUAUGCCAUCUCACAAAGUCUCCCAGAGUACGUUGUGGUCCCUGUUUCUUUGGCAGAUCAGGAUCUUAAGAAAUACUCUACUUUCUUUACUGAUCAGCGCAUCCCUCUCUGGUGUUGGAAUCACCCAAAUGGAAGCGCUCUUGUGCGCAUGACCAGCAUCAGUGAUCCAUUACAGCAGAAGAAGAUUGAUCAGAGGAUCUUCACUGCCAUCACCAAAAGCCACCCGCACCGCAGUGAAGUCAUCAAGUCAGAUCUAGACAAGUGUCUGCCGACCAUCUUAGACAUCCAGUGUGCCUUUGUUAAAAUCAGGCAGAUCUGUGUCAUAGAUCCUUUUGAGGAGUCUGAGGAGAGGUGGCUCACUUCGAUUGAAAACUCACGCUGGCUGGAGUAUGUCAGGGCUUUCCUGAAACAAUCAGCUGAGAUAGUGUACCUUCUGGAUGGAAAGAAUGCUUCAGUCAUUCUUCAAGAGGAAGAAGACCGAGACCUCUGCUGUGUCGUGUCCUCCUUGGUGCAGCUCAUGCUGGACCCUCAUUAUCGCAGCGUCAUCGGCUUUCAGGGUUUGGUGCAGAAGGAGUGGGUGAUGGCUGGCCAUCGCUUCUUGGACAGAUGCAACCACUUGAAGAAGAAUGACAAAGUGGAGUCCCCUCUGUUCAUACUCUUCCUGGACUGCGUGUGGCAGAUGAUGAACCAAUACCCAGCAGCGUUCGAGUUCACAGAAGCCUAUCUGACAGUACUGAGUGAUAGCAUGUGGAUCCCAUUAUUCAGUACUUUCCUCUUCAAUUCUCCCAAACAGCGAGCUCAGCACUUGAUGGACUUUGCCAAGAAUAAAGCCAUCCCUCAAGGAGAAGACCAGGUUGUGUUUUUCCCUCCUGUCUGGAACUGGUCACAGCAGUUCUCCACCAAAGACCAAACCCUCUUUAACAACCCCAUGUAUGUAGGCAAAGGAGCUGCCUGUGUUCAGAAUGGGGAAGUGAAAAGCUUCAGACGCACAAAGCAGAAAAACUACAGUUCCACCUUGCGAGGAACGCCUUCGUCUAUGCGUAAUGGACUGAGGGGUGGAGAGGAAACGUUGCCCAGGCGUGGCUCUCUGGUGUCAGAGCUGAAGCCUGAUUUCUCAGUAGUGAAAGAUGAAAGCCCAUCAGAGCGCUUCUUCAGGGACUGGUUCUCUCGACCUGCUGACCAGCAGGGCGUCCUGCUUCCCUUGCUCAUCCCUUCACAUGUGGCCCUCUGGAAACUCUUCUUUCUACGCUGGGUUCCCGAGGCCUGCAUUCACAAAGGAGGCCCCGUCACCGCCUACCACAAGCUCUCCCAACUGGUCGAUGAGAUCGAGAUAUUACAGAUCCAUCUCAGGCGGUACAAGGGACCCAGUCCAGGCAGCAGUCCACUCCCCAGCCCAAGUGGGCCCCCUUCAGACCAGAGAAAGAUGUAUUUUAAGGCCAGUUCCCCGAAUGACCCCCCUACACCUCCAGAAUACCUUACCUCCUCCUUUCCCUUCACCCCAGUGGGAAACCUGUGCCGCCGCGGUAUCCAUGGGACUCCAAUUAGCAAAUUUCUGAACGGGGCGAGGAUCUGGCUCUCUACAGAGACUCUAGCUAAUGACACUGUCUGAGGUCGUGGGGCCACAGUUCUGAGCUCAGCACAGGCUUGUGUAACAAUUAAUCAUCUUAUUUUCUAUUACCUCUUUCUAAAAUACUAAGAAGGAACAUGAGAAACAGGAGAAUUAAAUUCUGAUUAUAAUUAUUUAUAAACUAGAAUUUGCACCGUUGUUGCUGCAUUGAAAUCUGAGGUCAUUUUAAAGGAAAGUGUCAUCAACACGCCGGAAUCAUUUUUGUCCAUGACAGUUGAGGAAUUCAGAUUAUCUGAAGAACAUCCGCCUUACUGGCCAGUGAGUUGUUACUGUGAGGUCUCCUCUUACUGUGAAAGAUCAUCAUACUAAUUUUAUAAUAGAUGUAUUUUCUUAUUUACUAGAGCUUAGGUCUUUCUCAAGAUUUUGUGAAGCUAACUGCUUAUUCUGCUGAGCAUACUGUACGGCACACACAAACGUUAUUUUAAUAUUGAGUUGAGAUGAGGUUGAGAGCUCCUUCUCCAAGAUUUACCUGUGAGUCGCACACAUUUUAAAGCAAUAACUGAAUAAUAACUGAAAGUUCACCAAGAAUGUGUGAAUCAGUGUUCUUAGUUUGUCUGUCCUUUUUGUUAAAUUAAUUCUCAUUGGUCAGUAAGAGGUCCUCGCUGCAAUAGCGUUGACAGUUUUAACCAAAUAGGAAUGCUUGAAAUGUAAGAAAAAAAGGCUUUUUCUUUUGCAGCAGCAACAAUGCUUUUCACUGAACACUUAUUUCCAAGAAUUAAAUUUGUGUGUAACUUCCAGGAAAUGUCAUUGAAGAUAUAAUAUUAAUUUGCCUAGUUUGUAUUUCAGAAAGAGGAACAGAAAAUACCACUGCUAACACGCGUUUUACGAUGUGGUAAAGACAAAGAGGAUCAGGCCUGGUAUGAAUGUAAUUAGGCGUUGUUGUUUUGCUUUUCUUUUCUUUUUUUUUUUGUUUGCACAGACAUGAUGCUGUUUGCUCCAAAUGCCCAUAUUUUGAUGGUUGUGUUGGGAUUUCACUGUAAGUAGCAAAUGGUGUGAUUUCAGGGUCUUACUUUGUAGAUUAACAGUAUUUUUGAAGCAGAGAAAACGACCUUUAUUUCUAGUCUCGCAAAGCAGGUGGUAAUUAGAGAGAGAAGUUGAGUGUGGGGGACUUCAACCUGUGGUAGAUAUUUCCUGUUCUCUUUAGAAGGGGGUUUUAUUAACUUUUAUAGAGGCCUUCUGGUAAGGCUCUGAGGAGAAACUAUUCAGAUGGACUGUAUCUGACUGGGUAAACAUUGGAAAGCAAAGGGACGGACAAGGGCUUUGACUCAAACCAGUCUCCAGUCUAGAAGGUAGUGAACUGGAUUUCAAGCGGUGAAGUUAGUAAUCUCAAGAACCUGACAGUGACAGGUCGAUGACGAGUGGCACAGUUUCAAGGCAGCAUAGGAGGGAAACAACAGAAGUAAUCUCAUCUCAUCAUCUGGUUGGCAAGUGUCGUAAGUACACCACAAGUGUCGUAGACAAAGAUGAUAAAAGACUGUCGUGCACACAGGCUGGUCAAACACAUACAACAUCACACAGCUGUUAAACAUACUGUAUGUAGCUAUAACAAUAUUUACAUUUGUAUUAACCUUUGUUCAUGUUUUGGCCACAUAAUAAUACUCUGCAGAUGAAUACUAUGUUAGAAAACAUGCAGUGAACUACUUUCUGUGGGGGUAGUGAAAGUGAGAUAGGACCAUAAAGAUUUUUUUUAUGAUGCAAUCAGGGACAUUUCCAGCAAACAACUUUCAGAUCACUGCAAAGAUUUUGACACUUGGAUGUCUUUUAAAAGUGCCCACUGCUAAGAGGUUCACUUACCAACUGAACUAGGGACUGGUUUGAUACACAUCAGGAGAAAUGGAUCAGUCGUCCAGUGCCUCUUUAGGACUGAUGAGAAAUUAGCACUGUGUAAUAGUGUCUUAAAAUAACAGUAGAGCAUUUUUUUUUUUUUUUUUUUAUAGAAAUCAUUUUAAAUAUAAGACCACUGGACAGACAAAAUAAGUCCUAUUAUACAGGCGCAUUGAUCCUUAGAUGCUAGAUUGAACAGUUUCCAGCAGAUAAACUCGUGAUUCUUUGGCAAUAACUAGUUCAGGUGUUUUUUGAUAUAGAUGUGUAUAGUGUGAGUGCAGAACCUGCUCUCCCAAAUGCUAUUAAUUGCACAUUUUACUCAAUAUAUAGGAUAGUUUGUUCUAAGGUGGUUGUUGAAUAUGAUUUUGGCAAAUAUUAUAAAUACUGUAUAUGCUUGAAAUCUUCCAAUUAAUAUUUUUGAUUAAUGGUACUAAAUAGCUUUUAUCCUUGAUGUAGUCUUUAUAUUUUCUGGAGAGAUAUUUAUAUGCUGUGUUUUUCCACUAAUUCACAGUGUUGCACUCUGCUGUAAUUGCAUGAUGAUCGUGCCGCCACUGUGGCACAGUUUGAUAUUGAUUAGCAGCAGAUGUAUUUAUUCACUUAUGCAAAUGUUCUCUAAGCGGGAUGCGAUUGAUACUGUCCAUCCCCUGUGCCUUUUUUUUUUUUUUUUUUGGGAAGAUUUACCAUUUUUGUAAC